UGGUCUCACAAUACAAGUUCCAGUUUGUGACCAAGCCAUUGUUUUGUAACUCGUUUGGCGGACACAUCUGUCACAGUGAGAUACAGUGUCAUUUACUGCUGUGUUACUCUGUGGAGAGCAGGGUUAGACUUCAUAGCUGUUGGAUUGGAUGCACAGGAAAAUUAGUUGUGUUUUAUGAAGAUUUUACUGACCAUACAAUAAGGAGUUUAGAUUGGAAGCGUAAUAAUGGAGUUUGCUCCCUUGGAGAAUGAUCUGUUGCUUCGUGCUGCUCGAGGCGAGCGGACUGAACGUGUUCCGGUGUGGGUGAUGAGGCAAGCAGGAAGAUAUCUCCCAGAGUACAAGGAAGCUAAAGGUGAUAAGGCCUUUUUUGCCACCUGUCGAGAUGUGGAGCUCGUUAGUCGACUGACUAUUCAGCCGAUAGACCGGUUCGCCCUUGAUGGAGCAAUCAUCUUCUCGGAUAUUUUGAUUAUCCCCCUUGCCCUGGGCCUGACUGCACUCAAUGACCCUGGACAGGGCCCUGUAUUUGCCGACCCGAUAAAGAAGCCAGAAGACGUUGACCGCCUCAAUCCUAACUUUGACAUCAUAAAGGAACUGGGCUACGUCUACGAGUCCAUCACGCUGACGAGACAAAAGCUGAAAGGAAGAGUGCCAUUGUUUGGAUUCACAGGCGCUCCAUGGACACUGAUGAAAUAUAUGAUAGAAAACCUUGGAGCAGGACCUAACCCAAAUGCAGCUCGUCGAUUCCUGAUAGAAUAUCCUGCAGCUGGGGAAAAACUGUUAAAGAUUCUGACAGACGCCAUAGUGCGCCACCUGGUGGAGCAGGUUCGAGCUGGUGCACAGAUUGUGCAGGUGUUUGACUCGAGCGGCGGCGAGCUGGGUCCAGGACUGUUCACCAAGUACGAGCUUCCUCGUCUCCAGGACAUCGCCUACAAGGUGAAGCAGGAGGUGAAGAAGCAGGGGCUGGAGCUCAUCCCGAUGGUGGUGUUUGCCAAGGAUGCUCACUACGCUACAGAACAGCUCGCUACAAUCGGCUUUGACGUGGUCCAGAUCGACUGGACCCAGAACCCCACACAUGCCAGGAGACUGGCUGGGACGAAGGUGACACUCCAAGGAAACCUGGACCCAGUGAUGGUGUUCGGAACAGAUGAUGAGAUUCGGCACAACGUCAAGGAGAUGAUACAGAAAUUCGGCACUCAGCGUUACAUCGCCAACCUCGGCCAUGGCGUCAUGAAGGAAACCAACCCCGACAAACUGAAAGUCUUCAUCGAUGCGGUUCACACAUACUCCGAAGAAAUCAAUGCCUUAUCCUGAUAACUUAUAUUCUGAUAGAGAAUCGUUUCAGUCCAUCUGGGUGGUUGAUUUUAAGAGUUGAUGCAUUUCCAGAAUGUGUGAGGGGGUGAAUAUUGCUUCAUUUGCUUCUAUCCAGUGGAUUAUUAAUUUAAAAAAAUGUAAAGGUGGUAAUCAAAAUAAAAAAAUUAUGAAUAUUUCAAAUACAUGUGCUUGUAAUACUUCCUGAUCCAGUUGAAAAAGAGUGUGUUUUUAAUGACAAAUCAAAGAGUUACUUUGUUUCCAUAGUGACCUACUUCUGAGGUUUGGUUAUCACUGAAUAAUGUACCAGGGACACAGAAGUGACCCAAAUCUCCUCCAGCCCCAGCAUGUAUACAGCCUGCCUAGUCGCCAUUAUUUACCCUAAAUCUGAUUGAAAUGUCAUGCAGUCUGUGUUUGUUUUAGUGGUUGGGCCAUCUCAAAAAGUGUUUGGGAUGAGUGAUUUACAGAAAGUUUAUCAAUUGACACCUGAUUAUGUAAUUAUUCAUUUCAAUACAUUUCAAUAAAUCACCAAACUUGUACGCAUACAACAUUUGUUAAUGACAUGAAUCCUAUGUUAUACACAUUGCAUACAUAGUGCAUUUAUUCUAUAACAGUUGGUGCUGGACAAGUGGGAAGACCCAAGUUAUAAUUAAUGUUUAUAGUAUGGUCUUGUACAGACUUUUAUUUCACUGGCCAAUAAACAUGAAAAAGAAAGAGGCCAUAUUGCUUAGUGUGAGAUUGCUGCAUUAAAAGAAGUGCUGGGAAUACAUUGGUAAAUAUGUACCUCGGAAUCUGAGAAAAUAAGAAUUUUAUUUAAUCCCAAUAUUGUGUACAAUUAUAUUUUCCCAAUUUUCCCGCCAAGGGCACAUGGAGGUCAUAAGGUUGGAGUUUCAGAUCUAUCCCUGCACCUCACCAUACAGUGGAACCUUGCUAAUCUGGAUUACUUGAACAUUGUAGUCAAACAUGGCCCUUAACGGUUCUUCAUUCAGAGAAAUCAGAUUUACUGAUCACAAUGCAAGAAUGACAUUUUAUGAUAAAGAUAAAGAUAUUGCCCUUGUAAUAAUCUGUAUUUUCAUUGUCAUAUCUUUGUGGAUGACCGAUAUGUUUGUACGUUAGGACUUGUGAUUGAAAAUGUUACAUUUUUGAUGGCCAUAAAGAAAGGUGAUUGCAGUGUCAUCAAGAAGCCAUCACUAAAAGAGGGCAAUGUUUUCAGCAUCUGAAAAUGAAGUCAGCAGUCUAACAAUGAGCUAGUUUGUAUGAGUGUAGUCCGCCUUUAAGUCAAUGGAUUGGGAACAUGGUGUUGGACCUUGGCAGUCUCUCUUCAGUUUGGUGCUGUGUAUGAAUAGAAGUCACGAUCUCUGAUGUUACACAAUUUUUAAGAACUGAUUUUUUAUCAGUUUAUGGAUGAAAGAAUUCUUUGUUUUUUCAUAGUUACUUUUGAAUUGCUAGUCAGAACAUACUGUUAUGUUUUGAUCUUGACAUGAUUUUCACCCAUAAUUACCAUUAAUCAAAGAGCUGGAGCAGUAGUCACAUAUUGUUGUAUGAUAGUAGUAUCUUGUCAAUAGGAUAUAUAUCCAUGUAUGGUAGGACGCACAUCUGGGACAGAUUGUCUGAUUUGUGGUUAUCCAAUCCCAUUGUUAUAUGAUCUAAUGUACCAAGUUCCAUCAUGAACACAAGAUGUUACCGUAUAUCGCUGCGGAAUACAAACACGUUUUUAUUGCAAAUGUGGGCAUUGUGUCAACGCUGGUGAUGUCCUUCAUUCCGAUUCUCUUUGUGGACAGGGUACAGAAAUUAGCACUGAUUUUGAAGGCUUGUACAGGGGGUCUCCUUACAGGUGGUGGUCGCUUUAUAGACGGCGAUAUACGGUAAUGCAACUUUGAAAUGUGGAUAUUUGGACAUGCAUAGUUGUUAGUCAUACACCAUCUAUCUUUAUUUUCGUUGUUUGUGGCCCUGCUGUAAUAAGAUCCAUACAUGCCUCAGAUCAGAGAAUCUGUCCCGAAUAUGAGUGGAAAUGAGUCUUUAAUGCACAGACAAUACUAAAAUGUGUUCUUUUGAAUAUUUUUAAGAAAUAUUCCCAUUGUCUUCAGAUGUUGCGUCAUAUGCAUAAUAAUCAUUCUUGCUAGAGCUGGAUGUAUCCCAUUACAGACCUUUUUCGGUGCAUGUCUGUUGUUUCCACUGCCAGUGUUAGGAUUGUGUAAAAUAUAUCCCUGCUAGAUUUUCAUCCCACAAGAUUAGUAAGUUAAGAUUGUUUUUCGUUUAUACAAACAUUCUUGCAACUUACUUUUUACACAUUGAUAUGGAGGAUAUCUGUGGCCGAGUGAAUGGAGGCCAGCUGUCAUGUCAAGAUUGCAUUGUGGUUAACAUUGAACAGAUGUCUUCACAUUAAGUCAGAUAUCACAUUGAGACACAAAUCAGCUUGACCCAGAAUGACACAAAUGGCACACAUUCUUCCAUAUUUCAUUUUGACUCAUGUUUAGUUUUUGGUCACAUUUCAGUUGUCAUGGAAAUAAAUGAAGAUAUUUCAGGAGAUAACCAAAUAAAUGUCAAGGAGAAAGACUGUUUUAGUACACAAACAGAUAAAACAUUCCCAUCCAGAAACAACUUUAGGAUGUGCAUGUGUAUGUGCAUGUUAGGCAUAUGUUUUGUUUAAAAGAUUCCCCAUGUAAGGUCUAUUUUGCAUUUAUUCAGAUUUUAUAUUACUGGAAGUAUUUAUUGAAAUAAAGUUUACAUACUGAGA